UACUGACUGCAAAAUCUAUCUCCUUUCCCUUAAACUUCAUUACUCAAGACCUCCAUGGAUCCUUUUCAAGAAAAGAAUUUCCUGGCAUACCUAGCUGAUCACCAGGAGGCUUUCGCCCUCUUCGACAGGAACGGAGAUGGCCACAUCACGCCUCAAGAACUGGAGUCUGUCCUUCAAUCCAUGGGUUACCAUCCAACCAGAAAAGACCUGAUGGAUAUGAUCAAGGAGGUGGACACAGAUGGAAAUGGAACCAUUGAGUUAAAUGAGUUUCAGGACAUAAUUUUUAACGCGAUUACGGAGGCUAAUGCUGAGGAUGAACUGAAAGAAGCCUUUAAACUUUUUGAUAAAGAUAACAACGGAUUAAUCUCUCCCAAUGAGCUCAUGAGUGUCAUAUGCAAUCUUGGAAAAGAAGUAGAGUAUGAUGAAGUUGAGGCGAUGAUUAAGGAAGUCGAUCUCGAUGGCGAUGUGCACGUGGACUUUCGUGAAUUCAGCCGAGUAAUGGGAGGGUGGCAACUGAAUCUGCCUUCUGCAAAUCAGGCAUCCACCUCUUUUGAUUGAACUGAAGCAUUCUGAUAUGGUAUCAAGAUAUUUUUGUUGUUUCCAUAUAAAUGGUUCACAUGUUGUUUGAUGGUGUGGAAUUACUUAGUUUGCUGUUAGUGACUUAAAAACCUUUGAUUUGGUCAUCAGCAUGUUGUCGAUCGACUCAUGUGUUUGAUUGGUUGACAUUUUAUUUAUGCUCUUUGUUUUUAUCAUUCAUUUGUGUGGCUUGUUUGAUGUUCGUGUGUUAUAUUCAAAUUGCUCGUUUUGGCGGGAAAUAACGGACGGACGUGGAAGGCCCGAAUCAACUGGUUUGAAGGAGAGCGCUGCAGUCCAGCUCUAUAAAUAGCUGAAAGGUCGGAAGUCGCUCGAAAAUUCUUAAAUCGGAGUCAGAUUCAAAACCUCUCCUUCGUCUCUCACCUCUCGCGUUGGGUUUCGGCUCUGGGAAAGAGAAGAUGAUCGAGGAGCACGGCCAACUGCAGCUGGUGGACCGGGAAGAUGAAGAUGAAGAAGAGCUCUUCGAGUCGAUCGACAAAUUGAUUUCGCAAGGGAUUAACGCGGGCGACAUUAAGAAGCUCCAGGAUUCAGGGAUCUACACUUGCAAUGGUCUAAUGAUGCACACGAAAAAGAACUUAACGGGGAUCAAGGGACUAUCCGAAGCCAAGGUGGAUAAGAUCUGCGAGGCUGCUGAGAAGCUCGUGAACAUGGGUUACGUAACCGGAAGCGAUCUGCUUCUCAGGAGAAAGGCGGUGAUUCGAAUUACCACGGGGAGCCAAGCUUUGGAUGAACUCCUUGGCGGUGGAAUCGAGACCCUCUCAAUCACUGAGGCAUUUGGAGAAUUCCGAUCAGGGAAGACGCAAUUGGCGCACACGCUCUGCGUAUCGACGCAGCUACCGAUCCACAUGCACGGAGGCAACGGGAAGGUCGCGUAUAUCGACACCGAGGGAACUUUCCGUCCAGAUCGGAUCGUGCCGAUUGCAGAGAGGUUUGGGAUGGACGCUGGGGCCGUUCUUGAUAACAUCAUAUACGCGCGUGCCUAUACUUACGAGCACCAGUACAAUUUGCUCCUCGGCCUCGCCGCCAAGAUGUCCGAAGAGCCCUUCAGGCUUCUGAUUGUGGAUUCCGUGAUCGCAUUGUUCCGGGUCGACUUCUCUGGACGCGGCGAGCUUGCCGAGCGCCAGCAAAAAUUGGCGCAAAUGCUCUCCCGCCUGAUUAAGAUUGCCGAGGAGUUCAAUGUGGCAGUCUUCAUAACCAACCAAGUAAUUGCUGAUCCUGGAGGAGGUAUGUUCAUAUCGGAUCCUAAGAAGCCAGCGGGAGGUCAUGUGCUUGCCCACGCCGUCACCAUCCGACUCAUGCUGAGGAAAGGCAAAGGCGAGCAGCGCGUCUGCAAGAUGUUUGACGCUCCCAAUCUUCCAGAGGCUGAAGCCGUUUUCCAGAUAACUCCAGGAGGCAUUGCGGACGCUAAGGAUUGACAACGUUCAAGGCAUGUAUCUUCUCUCUAGCGGACAGAUAGCCUAAAGAAAUAGUUUAAUUUCUAUCGACGCUUUUGCUCUUGCUCUUUAAAAUUUUUGGAUAGAACAUAAACAAUGUCCUCUAUUUUUUUUUUUUGCUGCUUAUAUCUGUCCAGGAGAAAGAAAUAGUAUAUACUCAUAAUAGUAUAUCUUU